CGUAAUUACUAUACUUAAUCUUUGUGCAUUUAGCGUUGAUAUGGCGAACAAAAGCACAUUCGCGCCGUUAAUUGCAGUUCAGUCGGUUAUCGACGUUGUCGCACAUCAUUUUGUCGAACAAAUUUGCAUUUAAGAAAUUUUGAAAAUGUUAACUGAAAUUUUAUUGUGUAUUUGUGCUGUGGUUUGCCUAUAUUUAUCCUAUCGCUAUGCAGUCGGGCGUCCGGAAGGAUUUCCGCCGGGACCCCCACGCAUACCGUUCUUCGGCAGCUAUUUAUUCAUGAUGAUGGCGAAUGCCAAAUAUUUACACAAAGGUGUGUUGAAAUUUAGUAAAUGGUAUAAAUCCGACAUUGUUGGUUUUCAUGUUGGCCCAUUUCCGGUGGUGGCAGUGCAUAAUGUGGAGGGAGUGCGCGAAGUUUUGAAUAGAAAGGAGUUUGAUGGGCGUGCUCAAGUGUAUCUGGGGGAAAUACGUACGCCAAGUAAACAAAUUUUGGGCAUUUUCUUCCGUGAAGGACCCGUAUGGAAGGAACAACGUCGUUUUAUAUUGCGUUUUCUACGUGACUACGGCUUUGGUCGCCGUUUCACCGAAUUGGAAUCGGUCAUACAAGAGGAGAUCAGCGAUCUUUUGGAUCUCAUACGCAACGGGCCACAGUAUGCGCAUGAACAUGAACUUUCCAAAGUAGGAGGUCAUCGAAUUUCUAUACCAAAUAUACUUAGUCCUUUCGUGGUCAAUUCAUUUUUUCACAUUCUCAUGAAUGAACGUGUUCCACGCGCUGAACAAGCGGAAUUACUAAAAUUGGUCAAGAUGGGUAUGCAAUUCCAGCGUCAAGCUGACGAUUAUGGUAAAAUGCUAAGUAUAAUGCCUUGGAUACGUCAUGUCUUUCCGAAGGCCAGCUCAUAUGAAGCACUCAUGGAAUCGAACGUAUUUAUUUACAGUUAUUUUGAAAAAAUCGUCGACUAUCAUAUACGCACUUACGAUGAGUGUAGUGCACGCAAUUUCAUUGAUUUAUAUAUUAAGCAAAUGAAACAGGAACAUGCCAAUGGGCACACAGAUUGCUACAAUCGCGAACAAUUCAUUUUGAGCUUGGCCGAUUUUUCCUUCCCCUCAUUCACAGCAGUCGGCGCACAAAUGGGCUUUCUAAUACAAUAUUUCCUAUAUUAUCCGGAAGUGUUGAAGCGCGUACAAGCGGAAAUCGAUGCGGUGGUGGGCAGCGGACGUUUGCCAACGUUGGAAGAUCGCCAAAAUUUGCACUAUACUGAGGCUACUUUGCGCGAGGGCAUGCGUAUUGAGACUUUAGUACCAUCCGAUUUGCCACAUAAAGCUUUGGUAGACACUGAGCUCAUGGGCUAUAAGAUACCAAAGGAUACUAUUGUGGUGCCUGGUCUUUACGCUUUUCACUCAGAUCCACGUCUGUGGGGUGACCCGGAGAACUUUAGGCCAGAGCGUUUUUUGGACGACAAUCGCAAAUUGUGCUUGAAGAAAGAUAUUACGUUGCCGUUUGGUGCGGGUAAACGACUUUGUGCCGGCGAAACUUUCGCUCGUAAUAUUAUGUUUUUAGUGAUAACGGCGCUGUGUCAAAAUUUCAACUUUGUUUUGGCGCCCGGUGAUAAAUUGCCCGAUAUGUCAAAAAAUUUUAACGGACUUUCUAUAACACCGUUGGAUUUCUGGGUGCAAGUGGAGGAAAGAAAGUGACGUAUUGUUUUUGUUAUUGUUACUUACAUUUGUAAAUAUAUUUAUUAAUUCAAAGAGAAAA